AAUUAUAGAUCACUACUCAAGCAUAAGGCCCCCACAGAGAUGUUUCAUUUAAAGGCUCGGGCUGAGUAUGUUGUGGAAUGGGCUGCAAAGGACCCAAAUGGCUUCCUUACAACAGUUAUUUUGGCUCUGACUCCACUGUUUCUAGCAAGUGCUGUGCCGCCUUGGAAAUUGGCCAGGAUGAUUGAGGCCAGGGAAAAGGAGCAAAAGAAGAAGCAAAAACGUCAAGAAAAUAUUGCAAAAGCUAAACGACUGAAAAAGGAUUGAAGGAAUGUACAGGCUGUGUGUCCAGAGGAAAAUUGUUCGGAAAAUUAUCCA